AUGGUGGGCUGGGUAUAUGAACCCCCUCAAGCACUCAACACAGGAGUUCAGAGGCCAGCUUUCUUGGUGAGCUGUCACCUGUGCACAUGCAGAAAAGUCCAACAGCUUCAUCUCUGCAAACAGACAUCCUUUUUCAACCUGGAGAGAACAGGAGCGAAGAGACAUCCUUUCACCAUGAGGGCUAUGGUUGCACUACUCUUCUCUCUGUUGUUGGUGUCCCAUGGGUCCUCAGCUGUCAUUACCGGGGUAAGUGGGAGCGACGGCUUCAUACCUCUCAGGGCUCGGAGGAAUUGUCAUUGAGAAGGGCAUACGUAGAGUUAGUUUUUGUAUUUAAAAUGUUUUCAAGAGAUGCAGUUAGACGUACGAGCUGAACUGUAGCCACACCACAAUCAUGCAAUAUGCAGACACUUUUGUGUCUCUGAAGCUCAGAAUGAAAAAUGUAAAUAAUGGAAUUGGUCAGAAAAGGACACAUCUAUCAGAAAGGAAGAAUAAAGUUUGAUUAUGUAGUUACAUUUUUUAUCUUUCUGAGGAAUGUCACACAUGUAUUUCACCAACACUUAUGUUUUCUUUGAGAUUAAAAUACCAAAACUAGAUCCAAAAAAAUGCUGAAAGAGAUUAAUUUAAGUAGUGAUUCAGAGCAGACCUAUAUCAGGGUGAUGUGUUGUACUAAGCCUAUUUCAGUAACGAGAGAAGUAAAUACCAAAGAAUCGGAGCUGUGCAUCUCCUCUGGUCAAGACGAUUUGUUUGGUCUUGAUCCUUGAUGGCAAGAAACUGAUUUAAAGACUGGUCAGUAAAAAAACAGAGGAUUUAGCCCCAUUUAGUUCAGUUUGAUUUGGUUUAGUAAGAUUUUAAACUAAUGUAACAAAUUGUAGAAGCCAUUUUUUAGUUUAUGUCAAAAUCUUAUUUUUAAGCAAACAAAUUAAAGUAAAUAUAUGAUUCAAAAGUAAUUAAACGGGUUGUUUGUGUUGAUUAGUAGAUUCAAAUACACCUUUCUAAAGGAUGUUUGGUUAUGGGUGGAGUCGCAAUCAUUUUGGGUCAGCCGGCACAGGUGCACAGGGCAGUCUUUUGUUUGAUCCAAGUUAAGACGAGUAGCAUGAAAAUGUUUUUUGACCGUGAAAUGGGAGCUUUCUGAUAUUUUGUGCAGUUUUUGAGCUGUGAGCCAUGGACCAGUGAGUGUUGGAGCCAUUUUAUGAAUGAAAGUUGGACACGUGUAAGGACAUCUGUAAGGCUUGGCUCAUCCAAGUGGCUUUUAAAAACUGUUAGAGAAGGAAUCUGUCACUACACAGAUAAUGAUUAUGUGUCCUAUUUGUUCGUUACUUGAUGGAAAAUUUUGUAACUACUGUACAAGCUGAAAUAAUGAUAAAUAAAUUGUAAUCAUACAAACAUAAUAAUAAUAAUAAUAAUAAUAAUAAUAAUAAUAAUAAUAAUACAUUUUAUUUAAAAGCGCCUGUCUGGACACCCAAGGACACUGUACAGGGCAUUAAGAACACAGUUAAAACACAGUUAAAAUAAAUAAAAACAACAUACAGAUAUGAUGAUGGACAGUUCAAGGGAAUAUGCAAUUUGGAACAGAUGUGUUUUGAGUUUUGAUUUGAAGUGGGGUAGUGAGUCCAUGUUUCUGAGAUCCGGAGGGAGAGAGUUCCAGAGUUUGGGGGCAGAGUGACCGGAAGCCCUGCUCCCCAUGGUGCUGAGCCGGGCAGAGAGGACAGAAAGGUGGAGGGAGGAGGAGGAUCUGGGGAGCAUGAGGGGGUGGCGAUGUGGAGGAGAUCGGAGAGGUAAGGGGGGGCAAGGUUAUGAAUGGCCUUGAAAGUGUACAUGCCCUGUUAUCUUAGUGUGACGGGUAGUUGGGUGUGAUAUAUAUGAAAGGUGGUCAUAGCCUGACAAAGAAAGAGGAAAGAUUGGUACCACUCAUACAGAUGUCUUGUACAUCUGUUCUGUAUAUCUGCUUUCACUAGUUUUGCAAAAAUUUGCCAGCAUUAUCUGCCCGUGGUCAAAAAAAUGACAAUCAACCCAUUAAAGUAGAUGAAAAAUAACUAUUGUUUUGAAGAUUUUGUUGUGAAUUAAUAGAAGAGUGGUGCUGUUUUAUUAAAUUCAGAAUCUGAUAAUUUACACUUAGUUUAGUACAGUCAGUUAUGUUGUUUUUCAGAUUUAACGUAUGCAUGUGAAAUCUGAAUAACAACAUUCUGAUUUCAUCUCUGGUCUUAUCAGGUAAAAUUUCUCCUGCAGCGUAGAGACAGUAGACUUUUGGACAGCUUAUUGUCCUUUUACUUAAAGUCCAAGACCAUAAAUCGCUUUACCAGCCUUGUUAUGAUAUUUUCUUACUAUGAACCAAAAUAUGCUGAAAAACACAACACAGCCUCAGUAAAUGUGAUCACAUCUUUGAAACUGGGUCAUUAACCAGUUUGUAUGACAGUUUUACAGUUCCAGGGUAACCCGUUACUGAUUUGGAUUGGUGAAUCUUCACAACCCUGUAGUGAACGAUACUUUGUUUUGCAAGAUUUAAAAAAGUAUGUGAAAUAGGCUCAUACAAUUUAUCUGAGGAUUAAACCUGAAACAACCAUUUAUUUAAUAAAACUAAAAUAUACAUUUGUCAAAGGUUAUGUCUACUGUAUGUAGAAAGUAUUAUGUACUAAUUUAGACAUCGCUCCAGAGUUUAAGGCUCUGUCCAUUGUUGGGCUUCCAGUGCUUUGAUAAAGUUGAAAAUGUGCAGCUUCUCUGCAAUGAUAAAUCUCUAACAGUACCAUAUGUUACUGCUUCAGUGGAUAAUCCCUGUCAGGGAAGCGUUUGCUUUUGUGUGGUGCGCACUGCCUCCCUCUGCUGGUCACUUGAUGUCUAAAUUAAUGAGUCUUAUGAAUCCAGUCAACACUCCACAACAUCUGUUCUCUUGUAACUGUACUAGAGUUUUCUUUCAAUGCAUGAUGAUGACCUAUUCAGGAAGGAAAGCUGUUAAAAAGUGGUACCAUUAGGAUAUGGUACCAUUUUAUCCAAUUUUAUCCAUCUUGGUUCUGAUUCUAGUUUAUAACAAUAUUUAAUUAUGAUCCCUGUGUUUUUGUCGAAUAGAAAAUAACAUUUACUUCACAAAUAUAUUUUAUGAAGAUAUAGUCGGUGAGAAUAGAAAAAUUCCCUUUAUUUUUUGAACUUUUAGGCUCUCAAAAGUGAACUGUUGACUCUGACAAGAACUCUUUCAUACAUUUCUAAAGAUUAACUCUGUUCUAUAAGGAUAGAGUAACAUGAAAAAUUACAAACCUAAACUUUCAAAAGUAAUAAUAGGAUAACACAACAUAAACAAUGAACAACUAAAUCCAAGUGUUUCAUUUAUUAUGCAUAUCUAAAUGCGGGUGGCUCAGCAGUGGCAAAGAAGAGCCGGCUCUUACGUCAAACCUUAUCACGUGGUGACAAUCCUCCUCUUCACCUGACUUAUCUUGUUCCCCAAGGCCGAAGUGAAACUAGUGUCUGCAUUACAGGGUCUUGUGGUUGAAGGCAGAGGUGGAGAAGUACUCUCUGAACUUGUGUCUAAAAAAACAAGUUUGAUUAUAAUAAAUAUGCUUACUUUACCCCAAACCAAUGCAGACUUUUUAGAUUAUUACAAAAAGGUAUGAGGAUAAGUGACUGUAAAUCCAGACAAACUGAGGGCAAAGCAUAAACAAAUUUAAAGUUUGGCAGCAGAAAGUACUUUUGAAACUUAAAUUAGCAAUUAACAGUAUAUCACAUAUCGAUUUAUCUGUACUGAUAUAUUAUCUCAUGCACAUUUUUUAUGAAACACAGGAGGUGGUUUUCAAAAUCAGUGUUGAAGACAGUGUUUUUUUUAGAAGGGACUGUGUAAUUUCAUGCUCAUGUCUCAGAACAAUUACCAGCUAAUAAAUCUAAUUUCAUCCUGUUACAACAACCUGCUUAUGCAGAGCUGCACAAAUGUUUGUAUGUAAAUGUGUGAACCACAACUGAGGCUAUUUAUACUUUCAUGAUACCAGCUGCUGCAAUUGAUUCAUUUCUGACAAGUUCAGUUUAAUUACAGAUAAUGGUAGAGAUUAAAGGUUACAAAUUUGUAGUAUUUGUAUAAAACAUCAAUUGAAUUUGUGUAAGAAUCCAUUACUAAAGCAAGUGUACACUGGUGUGUGUUUAUUUGUGGAAAAAAUGUGUGUUUUCUAUGUGUGUAUGUGCAGGCCUGUGAGAAGGACUCUCAGUGCAGUCAGGGGAUGUGUUGUGCUGUGAGCUUGUGGAUCCGCAGCCUGCGUAUGUGUACACCCAUGGGACAGGAGGGAGAUGAAUGUCACCCUAUGAGCCACAAGGUGAGGCCAUCAACACAAAGAAGUUUCACCUCGACUGUUCAGGGUGUCACAUCCAGAGCUGCACCUAACCAAAGUGAGGCCCUUGCCUUAGCAGAGUUUGAUUUGUCGGCACUCUACAAAAUUAACAAAAUCAGAGCAUCCCACAGUCCCCUCAGCGACGAUCAUUUGCCAGAACAAAGCACAAAACUUCAUCAUCACUCCGAAAGAAAGCUGUGCAAUAUAUAACUCACCAAAGAACACUGCAAAAACAAGUCUUGACAUAUUUCUAUUAGUAUGUGAUAAAUGUGUGACCACUUAACCCAACACUGCUUUAAAACCAGUGUAGUCUUUGUGUUGUUACUUCUGAAGCAAGACGAUCCCAUCAAAAUCAUGGCCAUCCAACAACACUCACUGUGUUAUGAAGAUAAAAUAUCACACCAACAGUCUCUGCUUCUGUUUCCAGAUUCCUUUCAAUGGAAAAAGACUCCACCAUACUUGCCCCUGCCUGCCAAACUUGCUGUGUGUUUCCAUGGAGGACGGGAGAUCACAGUGCCUCUCUUCAUACAUGUAUCCAGACAACGUCUGA